AAACAUACUGUCCUGCUGCAUUUCAGCCAUUGUUGGAGCUUUUACUGAAGAGGAACGGGGAUGCAGAGGGAGAUGCUUUAAGAGCAAAGCGCACUGGAUCUAUCAGUUCAUCUUUGGGUGAGCAGAAGUUUUUUUUUUUAUUAUCGCAUGACUCUCACGGGACUCCUGUUUACUGCCUUUUACGCACAGCGUAAUGAAAGCCAGCACAGGCAGUACUAUUAGAGCCAGUGUAUGCCACCUUCUCCAGUGUUUCUCCGGAUGGAUACCGGACCCGCCUCCCCUCCUUCCUCCAUGGUGGUCGGCCCUUCCUCGCUGUGGCGGCUGGCUGAGAGGAGGAGCCGGAAGGCUGGCUCGGCGAACAUUUUCAGCAACGUGAAUCUGUGGCAGCUCCAGAGACUGUUCAGGGCAGCGGGGGAUCAGGAUGCGGAGCAGAGGGCCCAGCUGGUUUGGGGUCACAGAGAUGAGGCAGAACUGGCUCAGGCCUUGAUAGGACUGAGGGCCCGAAGUCACAGGAGAGGGCUGAGGGCUAACGGGAGAGAGGCGCUGGGCUCACACUGGCUACGAGCCUUCAAUCACCUCAGGAUCGGGGAAAGCUCGCCAAGCAGCCAGGGAAAGGAUCCAGGUGAUGACAGUGAUCCCGAGGCAGGAGCACACAGCAGUCCAGAGCCUUGCCGACACACUUCCAUAGGGACAACAGGAAGAGGUACAGGGGCCACAGUGGUACUAACUGAGAGCCAGGGCCCUGCAGGGACUUCUGAGAGACCAGUCAGGACCAGCUCAGGACUGAGGAGAGGAGGAGAGAACAACCCAGAGAGAUACCUCCACAGAAUACUCCACUGACUUGACCAAAACACUCUGAGAUGCAAAAAUAACUUUCAGCCUGUGAGUCUCGCAGCACUCCUUCAUUCUGCACAGCUUGCGUGUCUCUCCUGAGUACAGUGUUCACAAACUUGAGCCAGGUUGAAUUAACUUCUUCUUCUUUACAAGUAACGCUGUAUUGCAGGUUGAAAGAAUGGAAUAGUUUCUUAUAAUGCCAUAAUAUCUGGUCUUUUAAUGGCACUGAUCAGAUGGCUGUAUACUGAUACUGCACUGUAAUUUGUUACGCACACAUAUCUCUACCUGAAUAAUGAAGGCAGUCCAAACCUCUGACUGUAUCUUGUGGUUACCUCUCAAAACUGCCUUAUGUGUUCUCCAUCCACACUGAAUAUCAUGGACAGUGAUGUGGUGUUUAAGUAGUUUUAUCAUUGAUUGGAGUUAGUGUUGUGAUCACUUUGUGAAUAAGCCAUCAUAACCUUAUUUGAACUAUAAGGCUGAAAGCACUGAUAUCAUAAUGCACUGGUUCCCAACCUGGAGGUCCCAAACCCCAUUAAGGGUCGCCAAAGCUUGAUGGGGGGGUCGUUAGGCAUUCUUGAUUUUAAGGAUUGUAAGAAAACGUUUUAAAAAGAUAUACAGUAGGCCUAUAUCUUAGCAUUUUAUUCAUUUCUGUGAAGAAAACUGAAGUGAAUUGUCAUAUUUAAAGUUCAGAUUAUUAUUAAAGAUAUAAACUGAAAAAACCUCACAGGACAAGGGCACAGCGAAGUUCUGGGGUCUCAUUUAUAAACAUUGUGUAUGCCCUAAACAAGGCCUGUAAGGAGUGUAUGCCACGAAUUUGUGAUCCAUAAAAAUAGACUUGAUGGAAGAAAAUUUGACCAGUGCUUCUGAACAUUUUGGAGACAGGCUUUUGUCCAUAUGUUCAUUUUUAGUAUGGAUCCUACGCAAUGUUUUAUAAAUGAGACCCCUAAACACAAGUUAUAUUCACAAAGACUUCACUCUCUGCUAAACCGCAUCAUCCUGCAUUAGAAAAGUAUACAGUUAAAACAACCAAAGUGCUAAAAGAACAAUGGCCAAGGGUCCAGGAGAAGAAAAACAAGCCCAUUAAGUAUGUGUGAUUGUGCAAAACAGAACAAAAAACUAUAUGGACAAAAGAAUCGUAUGAGAAGUUACCAAAAAUAUCACUAAAUCUAAUCUCUGAUGCAAUAUUCACAGGAAAUAAUCUGCCCAAAAUGAAACUAGAUAGCUCAUUUACAGACCUUCCUGCAGAUAUUGUGUUUACUAUUUGCUUUAACUGGACAGUUCAUCAAUUUAUCAGCUUUUAUGCAUUGAGCCAUAGAUUAGCAGUAAAAUAUGUGACUUAAUCAGGGGAGAAAAGGGGUCCCGAAAAGGUUGGGAACCACUGUUAUAAUGUGUGGCUGCACUGUGGAUGUGCUUAUCAAUAAUUACAUCUACUUCCUGUACCACAACAGCCAGAUAUGUAGAUACGUGACUUUUCAGCUGUACCCACUGUGUCCCUGGUUGUAGGUAUGGUACUUAACGCAACACUAAAAAUGUUUAAGAGUGCAAUGGAAGCAAUGUUAGAUGUCAUGGCAUGUAGAAAUGCAUGUCCAUGUUGCACACACUUACGCAUGAUGACUCAGUAAGAAUAACUUCUGCCAGUCACUGGUUUGUAGCGAUUAAAAACAAGUGUCAGAUGGUUGACGCAGCCCAGAGACCAAAAAUAAUGAAUAUCAGCUGCAAGGCCAAACUCAACAAAUGUCACUCGCUGUCCAGGGAAAGACAAACUUGAAAAAGUAAUGAUGUCAUGUUAAAUUGUUCAUAGUCACAGUGUGAAAACCCACUCUGCCUAUGACAGACUGUAAGUCACUAACUUUGAUGAAGCUUUUUGAUAAUACUGUUUGAUGUGUCAUUUUUAAGUUUGUGGUAAUAAAGAAGUGAGUCUUUG